UUGCAAACACAAAUCUUAGUCAACCCCUAAAUUGCUCGAUUUUGUUAAAGAAAAUGUUUAAGCAACCCCUUAAAUGGUAUAUUUGUUUGCUUUCACUUUCACUUACCCAUUCUUCAACCAUGCAAUGCACCACCUAUACUAACUUAAUCUUCUAAUUCUGAGUUCAAUUACUACCCACACUUUCACACUCUCUCCAAGCACCAACCAUGAAAAUCUCAAUCUUCUUCUUCUUCUUCGUUUUCUUCUUUGUAAUAUUAUUGGGCCCAAGCCCAAUUCUCGCUCGGAGCGCUCACGUCAUCAAUUUCCGGUCACCGAACUUGUACCCAGAAUCCCUCACGUGGGACCCACGAGCCCAGCACUUCCUCCUCGGAUCCUACCGGCAACGCACCAUCGCCGCCGUCUCUGACGCCGGCGUCGUCGAAACCUUCAUCACCGACCCCUCCCUCCCUGACGGCGCCUCCAUCCUCGGUCUCGCCGUCAAUUCACCCCGCGACCGCCUCCUCGCUGUCGUCCACUCCCACCCUCCCCUCCCUCCGUUCAACGCCCUCGCCGCCUACGACCUCCGCACCCGCGACCGCCUCUUCCUCACCCCACUCCCCUCCGACGAUGACCACCCCGCCGCAGCCAACGACGUCGCCGUCGAUCACCACGGCAACGCCUUCGUCACCAACUCCGCCGGGAACUUCAUCUGGAAGGUCACCGCCGACGGACACGCCUCGAUCUUCUCCAGAUCCCCGAUGUUCUCGCCGGCAAACACACCUCCCGUUGACGGCGACAUCAACCUCCUAGGGCUCAACGGGAUCACCUACGUCAGCAAGGGUUACCUCCUGGUGGUGCAAUCGAGCACCGGGAAGGUCUUCAAGGUGGACGCCUUCGACGGAACGGCGAGGCGCGUGCUGCUGAACGAGGACCUCGUCGGCGCCGACGACAUCGCCGUGAGGGACGAUGGCGUGGUGGUGGCGGUGUCGCCGGUGAACAAGCUGUGGUUCCUGAAGAGCCAGGAUAGCUGGGCGGAGGGGGUGGUGUACGAUCAGGUGGAGCUUGAUUUGCGGCGGUUUCCGACGUCGGUGGCGAUGGGGGAGAAGAGGAGGGUGUAUGUGUUGUAUGGGCACUUGAAUGAAGGGAGGGUGGAGGGUUCAAAGAGGGAGAGUUUUGGGAUUGCUGAGGUGAGAUCAAAGAAGGAAGGGCAAGAUGAGAAUGUUUGGAUUUUUGUUUUGAUUGGUCUUGGAAUGGCUUAUUUCUUGUUUUGGAGGUUUCAAAUGGGACAACUUGUCAAGAAAAUGAAUAACAAGAUGAAUUGAUUUUUUACUAUGGAUUAGUCUCAUGUCUGUCGGCUCGAUGUUGGGAAUGCCUUGGUACAACCAUGAAAAGAUCAAUUUAUUUUUUAGUUUUAAUUUGUUUUGUAAUCACUUUUGGAUACUGGUUUUGAGGAUGGAUUUAGUUUGAUGUUUCAGGUCUCAAUGUAGUUUUGUUUUUCACAUUGGGAUUUUGGAUUAUGAGUGUAGUUUAAGCUUAUUUAUGCACAUUGUAUAUGAUGGCAGUUUUGGCUAGAUUGUUAUAGCUAGUGUUGCAUUGCUACUUGAA